AUGUUGCCGGCGUCGCUGGGUCCGACGGUCUACCUGGCAUUCUGCGCCAGCUCAGUGCUGGUGCUUAAGGCCAUGAAUGAAGCAGUCAUAGAACCGUAUAUGGACGAGCCGUUCCAUGUUCCGCAAGCUCAGGCAUAUUGCAUUGGGAACUAUUCCUACUGGGAUCCUAAGAUUACGACACCUCCUGGCCUCUACAUCCUGAGCCUUAUUCUGAAGCGUAUCUUCAUGUUGAAAUGUAAUUUGGCAAUGCUCCGGCUCACUCCCCUGCUUGCUCUACUCGUGCUUCCCCUCGUGCUCACCAGGCUUCUCUGCUUUCACAAACGCGAGCGCCCUCCGACCUCGCUCUUCGCUCCGACGCCGGAGGCAGUUGUGCUCUCCGCGUUCCCCGUCGCAUGGUUCUUCGGCUUCCUGUACUACACUGAGGUCCCGAGCCUGGUGUUCGUCGCGCUCACGGUCGUCGCGGCCACGCACGACAAGCACUGGUUCGCAGCGCUGUUCGGUGCCGUAAGCUGCACGUUCCGCCAGACGAACGUCAUAUGGGUGCUCUACGCAUACGCGGCUAGUCAGCUCAUGAGCUUGCGCUUCCGAAGGGCUGCACCCGGGGCAAAGCCUGUCAAAAAGCUCCAUGAUCCGCCUGCCGUUGCCGCUACCCCAGUCGAUCUGCUGCAGGCAAUCCUGAGUGCUCCGAAGGUCAUCCCGGAUAUACUACCGGCAUUUGUCCCCUACGCGCUGGUCAUCGUCGCAUUUGCGGUCUUCGUUUUCUGGAACGGAGGAAUCGUGCUGGGCGACAAGUCGAACCACAUUCCGUCGUUCCAUGUACCUCAGUUGUACUAUUUUGUGGGAUUUGCUACUCUGAUAGGUUGGCCCGCACUCGUGAGCACGCCAGGUGGACUGCAAGUUCUCGUGCAAGGAGUCCGGCAGCGUAUAAAUACUGCCUUAACUUGCCUACUGUCAGCCGGAAUGGCUCUCACGGUCUACAAAUUCACAAUUCAUCACCCCUUUCUUCUCGCGGACAAUCGCCACUACACCUUCUACGUGUGGCGCAGAGUCUUCCGUCUGCACCCUGUUGUACCCUAUCUCCUCAUUCCUGGGUAUAUAGCUUGCACAUGGGCAUGGUAUCUUCGGAUCGGGCAUGACCAGACGUUACUCCAGAACCUAUUGGUUGCUUUGUUUGUGACACCCACGUUGCUCCCGACCCCCUUGCUUGAGCCUCGUUACUUUCUCAUUCCAUACGUCCUGCUCAGGGCGCAGGUGAGUGAUGUUACCGGGUGGGGUAUGGCGCUUGAGGGCCUGUGGUACGCCGGGAUCAAUGCGGCCACCAUGUGGGUGUUCCUGUAUAAAGAGAGAGAGGGCGUAGGUCGGUUUAUGUGGUAG